AUGUCCUACGAAGACAUCGAAAACGCUACCCCCGACAUUGUCAUUGGGUCUACCAUUCCCGACGAGGAGGAGGGUUCCUAUUAUGAACAGGACAUCGAGUCCGGUGGUGAAGAGCCAGUCGAACAACUCAAAGAAAAGAAAUCCGUUGCCUUUGCAGGAAUCGCAGACGAAGAAGACGAAUUCGAUGUCGAAGAAACAAAGAAAAUCAUGGAGGAAGAGGCCAAGAGAGAAUUCGAGGAAGGUGGUGGUCUUCCCGAGCAACCAGAGAACCCUGACUUCUCCACCUUGACCCCAAUCUCUCCUGAGAUCAUCAACAGACAAGCUACCGUUAACAUCGGUACCAUUGGUCAUGUUGCCCACGGUAAGUCUACUGUGGUCAGAGCCAUUUCCGGUGUGCAGACCGUCCGUUUCAAGGACGAGUUAGAACGUAAUAUUACCAUCAAGUUGGGUUACGCUAACGCUAAAAUAUAUAAGUGUAACAACGAGGAGUGUGCUGCUCCAGGUUGCUACCGUUCGUUCAAGAGUGACAAGGAGAUCCACCCUAAGUGUCAACAACCAGGCUGUGAGGGCCGUUACCAAUUGGUGCGUCACGUUUCCUUCGUCGACUGUCCAGGUCACGAUAUUUUGAUGAGUACUAUGUUGUCUGGUGCAGCUGUCAUGGACGCUGCUCUCUUGUUGAUUGCAGGUAACGAGCUGUGUCCUCAACCUCAAACCUCUGAGCACUUGGCUGCUAUCGAGAUUAUGAAGUUGAAGCAUGUUAUUAUCUUACAAAACAAGGUCGAUUUGAUGCGUGAGGAGUCUGCUCUGGAGCACCACAAGUCUAUUUUGAACUUCAUCAGAGGUACGAUUGCUGAUGGCGCUCCUAUUGUCCCAAUUUCUGCCCAAUUGAAGUACAACAUCGACGCUGUCAACCAGAUUAUCUGUGACUACAUUCCAGUGCCUCCUCGUGAUUUCAUGGCUUCGCCACGUUUGAUUGUCAUUAGAUCCUUCGAUGUCAACAAGCCAGGUGCCGAAAUUGACGACUUGAAGGGUGGUGUUGCUGGUGGUUCUAUUUUGAACGGUGUCUUCAAGAUCGGUGACGAGAUUGAGAUCAGACCUGGUAUUGUCACCAAGGAUGACAAUGGCCGUAUCCAAUGUAAGCCUAUCUUCUCCCACAUUGUCUCUCUUUUUGCAGAGAACAACGACUUGAAAUUUGCCGUUCCUGGUGGUUUGAUUGGUGUGGGUACCAAGAUUGACCCAACUUUGUGUAGAGCUGAUCGUUUGGUUGGUCAAGUCGUUGGUUCUAAGGACAACUUGCCUUCUAUUUACUCUGAUAUUGAGAUCAACUUCUUCCUUUUGAGAAGAUUGUUGGGUGUUAAGACCGAAGGUGCCAAGCAAGGUGCCAAGGUCCGUAACUUGGAGACCUCUGAAGUUUUGAUGGUCAACAUUGGUUCUACCGCUACCGGUGCUCGUGUCGUUGCUGUUAAGGCUGAUAUGGCUAGAUUGCAAUUGACUUCACCUGCAUGUACCGAGGUCAACGAGAAGAUUGCCUUGUCUCGUAGAAUUGAGGGACACUGGCGUUUGAUUGGUUGGGCUACCAUCAAGAAGGGAACCACGAUAGAACCUGUAGCAUAA